AUGCGACGCAUGAAACCUUUGUGGGCGCUGUUACUUUUUCUAUGCGUUGUUGUUUAUUAUCAUGCAACCAAGACCCAACUGGGCACAAUCCAGCCAUUACGCAGUCCUGAAGCCAGCUUAGACACUUAUCCGUACUUCACCGAAAUUGAUGUCCGUUCCAAAUCGCAUCUCAUUGGCGCAAUAAGCCAUAUCGAUUCAAGAUUCGGUUCCGGAAGCGAGCCCCUAAGCGUCAUUGAACUUCAAGCUACCCUCGUCACGCUGUUCAGAAGCUACACGAAGACAAUGGAUAACGUGGGAGUCGAGACUUGGCUAGCUCACGGUACACUCUUGGGACAUCAUUGGGGAAGAAAGAUGUUACCCUGGGACACGGAUAUAGAUGUUCAGGUGUCCAUGUCGACUUUGAUAGCCUUGGCUGCGACAUACAAUGGCACUCAAUACCAGCAUGAGGGCCGCACGUAUCUCCUCGAUAUCAAUCCUCGUUACUCUAUCGUAUCUAGAGCGGAUGUAUCUAACAAGAUUGACGCUCGCUGGAUUGAUAUGAAUAACGGAAAAUACAUCGACAUUACUGCGCUUCAUCAGAACGAGUCUAAUCCGCAUCUGCUGUUCUGUAAAGAUGGCCAUGAGUAUGAGUCAGAUGAGAUUUACCCGCUUCAAUCAUCGAUCUUCGAAGGCGUCCAAGUCAAAAUACCAAAUCAAGCAGAACGGGUUCUCUCGGAGGAAUAUGGCCAAGAUUCUCUUGUAUACAUGGGACGCCAACCUGCACCGAUGGAUGCCAGAGAUUAG